CCACAGUGAACAGUGAGUCAAUGUUCUUCUCUUGUGGGACGUGCCAGGGAGAGUUACUUGUAGCAUGUAAGGAAACUAUCCUGCUCGACUCUGGUUGUUCUGCGUUAUUCUUUGAGGACACUUGAUCGACAAACGUGGUAAAGAUAAGUGGCCAACGACAUUGUGACCAACAUGCAAACAGACGAUCUGAUCCAGGCGGUGGGGAGUAUGUCCCGCUUCCAAGUCGUGAUGAUGUUGUACGUGUUGGGGACCCAGAUCUUGAUGGCGUGGGCCAUGUUGAUGAUGUCUUUUGCGGGCACUGUUCCGGAUUGGUGGUGUGUUCCCUCACUAGAACCUACAGUUAAUGGGACAUCUGUCAACUACCUGAACAACGCCACGUCCAUGGUGUGUCCCCGCCCUGACAACAUCACCUGUCAGUUUGUCUUCAGACAGGACAAAAACACGAUUGCUAACGAGUGGGAUCUUGUCUGUGAGAGAAACGUGUUCAGACCUCUCAUCACGUCCAUACAGAUGGGCGGAGUGUUGAUCGGGGCCUUCUUCGGCGGACAGUCCGCUGACACCCUCGGACGGAAGUGGACAUUCUACAUCAGUCUGGCCCUCCACGCAGGAUUCAAUCUGGUGGCAGCCUUCUCGACGAGCUGGCAGAUGUUUGCGGCCCUGCGUUUUCUAAUCGGGUCGAUGAUUGGCUCCCUGCUGGUCGUCCAUUAUCCAUAUUUCUUGGAGUUUUUAGGGACAAAGUGGCGCCCCAUCUCUUCAGCAAGUCCAGUCUGGGUGACGGGUGUAUGUAUAUUUGCCCUGUCCAGCUGGCUGAGACCUGACUGGUCUCAUCAACACAUCAUACUGGCUGCAUUGCAUGUACCGUUCUUCUCAGGCUGGUUCAUAAUCCCAGAAAGUCUGCGCUGGUUGACUGUAAAAGGAAGACUGGACGAGGCAGAGAAGGUCGUGGAUCAGAUGUGUCGAUACAACAAACGAGAGAAACCCAGCAACACUGCACAGUUGCUGAAGGAGGUGGCGGAGGAGGAGGAGAGGCUGAGAGCAUCUGGAAAGAAGUACACCUACCUGGACAUCUACAGGGGCUGGAGCAUCUGCUGGAAGUCUCUCAUCAUACAGUUUCUCUGGAUGUGCCUGUCGAUGGUGUACUAUGGGAUAUCAUUCGGAGUUGGGAGACUCUCAGGCAGCCUGUAUCUGAACAUCUUCCUCCUGGCAGUGGUGGAAGUGCCAACCACCGCUUUGACGUUCUUCAUGAACAACAAAUUUGGCCGAAGAUGGACCUCGUUCAUGUUUUUCGUCAUUGCUGUGAGUGGUGCUUUUGGUGUAGCCAUUACAACAAGAACAGUUUCUGGGGAGAAACAAGGAAUUAUCAUCAAUGUCUUGGCGAUGGCGACCAAAAUUGGAGUUGGUGCAGCUUGGUGUGCCGUUCAGUUGUGGUCGAGUGAGACGUACCCUACUGUCACAAGAAAUCUCGGCUAUGGAGCUGCAAACACCACAGCACGUAUUGGCGGUAUGGUCGCACCAUUCAUUUUUGCCAUGGAAGGGGAUGAUGUCUUGGUGCCGUUCGUCAUUGUUGGCUCGACCAUGACUGUCUGUGGAGUGUUAUGUCUGAUCCUGAAGGAGACAAAGGGUCAACCCCUGGCCGACAGCAUCAGUAAGGUCAACUCAGGUGGGCAGGUUGAGAUGGUGGCGACCUCAUCCGACAUGGAAAAGGCAAAGAUUUAAGCGGAGGGAUUUAGACAGCAAUCGACGCAGUGGCACAUUCAUUCGUCAAGCCACAGACAUGCUGACUCAUACAUAAAUACACAGAUUUUUAUGACCACAACACCUUCUGCAAGAACUUGUAUUUGUCUGUUACAUACACGGUUGACGGUUUAAUGGCACGAUUUUGAGCUACAUGAAAAAGAACAGUUAUGGCAUUCCAGACAUGUCGUAGUUACAUGGUAGUAGCAUGAGGACAGUAUAUCAGGAGUGUAUCCGACCUCGUGGAUCUGACAAAAAUCAAGAAACGCUGCCACUUUGGUCUUUCCCCACAGUGCGUUUAAAUCGCAUUCUCUGUACAAUUCGUUAACUUUUCCAAGGUAACUGUUUGAUUGGCAAUCUGGAAGUUGGUGAGUUAUACUUUCAGAAGCCAUAGAAGAACCGUCCUCACCAACCUUCCGUCCACAAAGAUCAAGAGGAUUACAUCCCCUCUGCCUAAUCAAGCAAUAGACUAAUUAUUUAGUAUCAGUUUGUUACAGCAUCUUAGCGCCUCAAUCUGUAAUCCUUACUAUGCAUCUGGCUUCGUACAAUGUUUCAAUCACCUGUCGUUAAUGUUGAUCUGCUGUUUGUCACAACAAUAUAUUUAUGUAUUACAAACUUCAGUCUGAAAGACUGAGUUUUCUGAAGUUGAGAAAAUUUUCACUGCAGUGAACAUAACAGUUGAUAUUUUACUGCAGUGAACAUAACACUUUGACGGAACUAUUGUAAUACAAGAGUUACCCACCUCACAUUUAUCUCCCUUUAUCGUAAGGGUCAAGCCCGUACACAAACCGUUGACGUCCUUUUUACGUUAGUUCCACAUUGACAAGGCAACAUAAU